GUAGCACACAUUGCAGCUAUUAAUGCUGGCAUGUGGGAGAUUGUUUCAGAGUCUUACCUGUGUCCACACAAAUACAAAGAUCUUCCUGCAAUGGGAGGCCCAGAGAACUGUCAGGAGCCUGUGGCUCUCAUCACAGUGGCUGAUGGGACCUGGGCAGGUAAAUGGUGUGGUGUGGCCGUCUGUGCAGAAGAACCUGCAGGAAGGGUGCUGAAGCCUUGCCAGCUCAACCGGGGAGCAAUGGUAUCCACCCAGAAGAAAGCCGUGGGCUCUCUAAGACCUGCACCCACCAUGGCUGACACAGCCAUCCAGACAGAGCUCCGGUGGGCACAUGAUGCCACCCGAGUCUGGCUGCGACCUGUGCCUGGCUCGUACACCAGUAUAGAGCAGAAGUCUGGAGAGCCCCCGCUAAUAAAUGGCUGGAUUCCUUACCUUGGGAAGGCUCUGAUUUUUAGAAAAGAUGCUUUCAAAUUCUUACUGGAUCAGCAAAAGAAACUUGGAGAUAUUUUCACUGUACAUAUUGCUGGUAGAUAUAUUACUUUUAUCAUGGACCCAUUUCAAUAUGUCUAUGUCAUCCGAAAUAGCAAGCAACUUGAAUUUCAUGAAUUUGCUGAUAAAAUGGCUUCCAAAACUUUUGACUAUCCAGCCUUGUCAAAAGGAAAAUUCCCUGAUCUCAAGGAAAACCUGCACAGAAUCUACCAGUAUCUACAAGGCAAGCCGUUGGAUAUAAUUUCUGACCACAUGAUGAAAAAUCUCCAGGAUAUAUUUGAAUGGAAAUGCUCACAAGCAACAGAUUGGGAAACAGAAAAAAUGUACAAAUUCUGCUGCUCUGUAAUGUUUGAAGCCAGUUUUGUAACACUGUAUGGAAGAGUUCCUGCUGCAGAUGGCCACAAAGUUAUUAGUGAAAUCAGAGACAAAUUUAUCAAGUUUGAUGCCAGCUUUCCCUAUUUAGCUGCAAACAUACCAAUUGAGUUGCUAGGAGCUACCAAGAAGGUUCGGAAAGAGCUUAUACAUCAUUUUUUACUUCAGAACAUGACAAAAUGGCUGGGAGGGUCAAAAGUGGUCCAAGCCAGACAAGAUAUAUUUGAGAAAUAUGAGCUGCUUGGAGAUUAUGACAAAGCAG